ACGCAAUGCUCGCAACAGGCAGCCAUCUCCGUCUCUGUCCCCGCCUCCUUCGCCUCGUCAGCAGGCUCCUUCCGAUCCAGACCGAGAUUUUACGAGGCUUAUCAUUCAGUUCCAGACAUGCAUCCGCCUACUUUCACGGGGACUGAGAGUCAUACUGCCGUGUUGGAGUGGAUGAAGAAGAUAGAUAAGAUCUUUGUUGUGCUCCAUCUCACUCAGCCACAGCGUGUCUCUUUGGCUGGCUUUCAGAUGAAGAUGGACGCUUCAGAUUGGUGGAUUGACUACUGGGCCUUGAGACCAGAGGUUGAACGUGAACCUCUCACCUGGGAGCAUAUGAAGUAUAUCGUCCGAGAAAAAUUCCUUCCCCAGAGUUUCCGUGAUCGCAUGGAGCAGGAGUUUUGGCACCUCCAGCAGGGGAAUGCUAGCGUGGACGAGUACACACGCAAUUUCACUCGUAUGAGUAUCUUCACUGGCGAAAUGGUGAAUACCGAUGCGAAGAAAGCCCGCAAGUAUCUGAAGGGGCUUAACCAGCGAAUUCGUGAGCUUAUAGGUAGCCAUGGAGCAAUGUCUUAUGCCGAUACCGUUCUGCGAGCUCAGGAGGUUGAGAGUUGUUUGAUCCCGAUAGCUCCAGUUCCCUCCUAUUAUCAUGCUUCUCAGACCACACAGACUGCACCUCCGCUCAUCUCUCAGCCACCUGUCAUUCCUCAGAUUUCUUAUCAGCAUCCUGCCCCUUUCACUGUU